AUGAAUUAUUUACAGGCCCAAUCCUGCACAAUGACAGAUAGAACGUCGACUAAACUAUUUAUCCCCCAUCCAGCUGAGGCGAGCUGCAACCUCGUUGGCAUCCUGGAACAACUAGACCCGCGUCAAUCAACUCAAGAGCGAAGCAUUGCACUGUGGUACAGAGUUGAACAAAAAAUUACAUCUUCCAGGCACAAAGAUUAUCUGUACCAAAAACGACUUGCCCGUCGACUACCUUUGGACUCCUUCCGCUUUGAUUUUCGCGGAAAUCAUGAAAGCGGCGGGAAGUGGAAACAAGGCGCACUUGAUGAAGACCUUGUUGACAUUCAAGUUGUUGUAGAUUAUCUGAAGGCGAAUUACGGAUACGUCGUCGACCUUGUCGUUGGCCAUUCCCGCGGGUCGAUAGUUAGUUUUCGUUGGCUCUGCACCAGUGAGGAUGGUAAAAAGGUUUCUGCGUUCGUCAACGCCUCAGGCCGAUACAGGAUGGGGAAAAUUGUCGAAAACGCGGCAGGAAAAAUUUGGCGGGAACACUUAGAAACGCAAGAAUCUUACAGCUGGAACGUCUCCGUCGCUCGAAAGAUGCUUACCGCUACAAUUACUCGGGAAGACCUUGCGAAUUUUAUCAGCUUUGAUACCUCGCUAGUUUGGGAUCGCUUCCCUCACUCAACUGACGCAAUCACAAUUCACGGUUUGUCGGACACGACCGUUCCGCCAUAUGACGCUUUUAUUUAUUCACAAGCUCUAGGUAACCGAACACCAGGCACACACACAUUAUGCCUUUUGGAGGACGCAGACCACAACUUUACGGGACGUCAGGAUGAAGUAGUUGAUGUCAUCCUUCAUUGGUGGGAGACGCGCAAACGCGGGCAGCUCAAGACCGGGGUCUUAGCGCCGGGGGUCAAAGGCAAGCUGUAA